AUGAAGCCGGCAGACAUCAGAUUCUCUCUACAGAGACUUCUGCAGCACAGAGAUCUGGCAAUGGCACCUACAGUCACUGCAGCACUUAACAGUGCUACAGAGCAUCCAGCUCUGACUCACAAGCUCAGAAAGCCUCUGGUGGAGAAGUUACGCAGAGAGCGGAUCAACAGCUGCAUUGAGCAGCUCAAGUCUCUCCUGAGUCCAGAGUUCCUCAGUCAGCAGCCGGACUCCAAACUGGAGAAGGCAGACAUCCUGGAGAUGACAGUUUGCUUCCUGACACAGUUGCAGCAGCAGAGAAACCUGCUGACCCACUUCAACAAGCUGCAGACUUCCUCUGAUGAGAAGCUGAGAGAGGCUGACUUCUCUCCUCUGAGCUCCACAGUCCAGACCGGCACCACCAAAGACACGAGUCCAACCAACAGCGCCCUCUGGAGGCCGUGGUAGACACCUACAGAGCUCUCACCAGACAAGCUAAAAAGACCACAUUGGUUAAACAUAACUGGACUGAAUGCUUUGAAAUUCAGUGAACAUGUUUUUCUGCGUGUACAGACGUUUUACUUUGUGUGUUUUUGUGUGUGUGUAAGAGGACAUUUCCUGAGGAAAUAACAGCAACAGUACCUUUCAUGUUAAGAAAGAAAACAUUGUGUCAUGCAUGUUGCAUGAAUCAAAUCUAGUAAUUUCUUUGUUUUUGAUCAUUGUGGUCUAAGAUUUAAACGUCCUUUCUCUGGACUGAUUGGAACAACGGACUUCAGCUCCAUUCAAUCUCAAAUGACCUAAAACGGAUCUGUUCUGAGAUCCUGUUCUUUAUCCUUUUAAUUAUAAAAGGUUUAAUAUGACAAUUUUUCACUCUUACAAGUCACUGUGGGUUAAACACUGUCAUAUUUGUACCUCCUGAUUAACACAUUGAUCACCUGGAGCUAAUAUCUAAUAUCUACUAUCUUUCUGUCUUUCUCACUUUGUGAUCACCAAAAAAUUAAUCUGUUUUAAGAUUUAUAUUAUUGCAUUUUAUUGAAAAAUGUUUCACACUGUCAACUUUGUUGUGAUAGUGUCAUUUUUUUCUCUUUGGAGAAUUUAAAUGAUCUGUUUAAAGGUCAAUAUUAACAGUUAUCGUUUUGUUUAGCAAACAUUUUACUACAUUUGUAAAACAAAUGAUUGCUGUGCUCUAAAAAUGCUGUAAAUCUGUCGUCUUUCAUAAAGACAGCUGUUCCUUCACUCUCUGAGUACAGUGUAAGUUGCUGCUGUGAUGUAUCAUCACCUCCUGUUUGAAGCAUUUAUAUUUUAUGUGGGUCUUGUUUAAUAAACAAACACGGAA